AUGUAUUCGAGAAGUGCCGGCAUCAGAUCACUUGCAGCGGUGCGUGUUGUCUCGAAUGACGACACGGUGUCGAUGGCCUCCACAACCGCCACAGAUGCAGUGCCACCAUUAACUGGUGGUACAUCAUCAGAUUCCUCAGCAACCACGUCGGCAGACACAGAUAUGGCCAGUAGCAUACUUGGAGAUGGAUAUAUGCUGGAAUCACAAGAUGGUGUAUUAACGGUUCCUUUCCGGUACCAAGAAGACGCAGACUUGUUGUGUCCGUUCCAGAUACUGGACUGCGAUCAGGUUUUCGCCGAUAUCAUCCAUUUCAAAAUGCAUGUCUUCUCACACUUCCGCGGACAUGAAUUACCGACAUUCGCCACAUGUUUCUUGUGCGACAACAAGUACGUUCAGCGUCCGGAAGAUGAUCCAGCUCUCGCAUGGAACAAUAUGCUGUCACACAUGGUUCAUGAGCAUUUUCGCAAAGGUCAACAACUUGCGACGGUAAGGACCGACUUUAGCCUGAUGAGGUGGAUGUAUGACAGGAGGAUUAUCAACGACCAUCAAUUCAAAAGGACACAGAUGGCCCCGGUCCCGAUUCUUCUCCCCGGUGCCACAAAUCUGAGAAGACAUACUUUGAAUAUUACAGGAGGACCACAAGCACCUCCAACCACACCUCCAGCAGUAUUGACACACGUGGCCCAAUCUGUCGGAUAUCAAACAGAGCCUUUCACAGUGAAUGCCGGUCGAAGGGCAGAGAGACGUCGACUCGAUGCAACUCGAACGAUGGUUCGGGCACAAAGUUAUAUUUGA